AUGCUGCGGCGGCGACGGACCACGCAGUCUCGCUCCGCAUCGCUCGAGGGUCCUCAUGGCGCCAUUAUGAACAUGGAGUUGCUGGAUGAGCUCAGCGACGAGGACGAGCCCGAUCGUUUCACAUGGCACAACACAUCGUAUGUAGAUUCAAACACGCCUCACUCACCUCGACGUCAAGUGCUCGGUUUCACAAUUGCCGCCUGCAGGACGGGAGUCCGCACACUCGCGCCCCGCGGAUCAGUGCGGAUCACGAGCCGCACGCCAUCGAUCCAGCAAAGCAGCUCCGUGCACCUGACCAAGGUGACUGAGGAUAACGAAGACGAAUCGCAGGCAGCAGCCACGGCCCACGGGCAGGACUCGCCCCUUAGCGCUGCCUUAGCUCCGCCUGCGCAUGUCAUGGCAGCCUUGCAUGGCAAGGAAGAUGACACCGACGACGUGCUUGCAGAGGGUGAUUUCUCAGUCGAGUUGAUUGUUUUUGAGGGUGAUCGAGCCUGUCAUCAAUUUGCCAACCACGCAAGCUUUCCCAUUCUUCUGCAGUCCACUGACUCGGUCAGCGCGCUCAUGGACUUGGCCGUUAAAGAGAUGCGGUUGCCAGAUGCGCCGUCCGAAUACUAUUUCGAGGUUGUCACCUUGCAGAUUAAUCAAGGACGCCGUGACAGCUUGCGCGCCUCCCUCAACAGUCUGCAAGCCAAGGUCUCCACGACCGAGCGCAUUCCACCCAAUUUGCUCAUCGUCGACCUAGCCAAGAAGCUUGAAGGCAAUCGCAAAGACUAUGCCCGACUCUACUGUCGCUCGCGCCAAGUUGACCAGGAUCGCCAGCACGGCCAAACCAUCAUCAACCUGAUGAAUCGCACAGCCGAUAUUCACGGUGGGACCAAGGCCAUCAGUAUCAGCAAGGGCUGCACCGUUGCCGAGGUGCUCAAACGUGCCCUCAACAAGUUUCGCAUUCAGGAGAGCUUGAACGAUCUCGUACUUCAGCGAGUGUCCAUUCGCGAGCACGUGCUCAAUGAAGCGUUAGAGCCGGACCAGGAUGUGUUUGAGCUAGCCUUGUUGGCAUAUGAAGGGCAUUUAAACCGAUCCUUUGUGCGAUUUGACGUCUGCCGACGCAGUGAUGUGGCUGGUCAUCCUCAAAAGCUCUUUCUCUCUGGCCUUAAUGCCUACGCUACGACCGAGGAGCUGACAACUCUCCUAAACAAGACCAUGACUGCGGUGUUGUUGGUAUGGCUCCCAACGAUUGAUGCCGCAGCAAUUCCAGAAGAUGCUGAGCCUUUGCUUGUAUUUAUCAACCCUAAGUCGGGGGGUGGCCAGGGCCUCGACUUGUACACUCGCAUCGGACGCUACGUCAACCCGCAUCAACUCUUUGAUCUAAGUGUGGCGGGUCCGGAGCCCGGACUGCUGGCCAUGCGCACUGUGAGCAAGUUUCGCAUCUUGGCAUGCGGUGGUGAUGGCACGGUGGGCUGGAUCCUCUCAGCGCUGGACACGCUGCAAUCGUUCCUGCGCUGCCCAGUUCCUGCCGUGGCCAUCCUGCCCAUCGGCACGGGAAAUGACUUGUCGCGGGUGCUCGAGUGGGGUCCGGGUUACACAGGUGGCAACGUGCGGCCUCUGCUCAUGCAGACUUUGGAUGCUUUCGAAGUGUCAUUGGAUCGGUGGCGCGUCGAUGUCGCACCUGAGAGCAGCGGAGAGCAUCGCACUUUGACCAUGUCCAACUACAUUGGCUUUGGCCUCGAUGCCUCCAUUGCUCUGGAUUUCCACCGACAACGCGAAGAAAAUCCUCAGCGAUUCACCUCGCGCACCAAAAAUAAAGGUCUCUACAUGCUAUCCGGCAUGGAUGCCUUUGUGAAACAGCCAUGCAAGAACAUUUUGCAGGAUGCGAUACUGCUGGGAGAUGGUCAACCCUUGAAGGUGACCGACUUUCAAGGCCUCAUCAUUCUGAACAUUUCAAGCUGGGGCAGCGGAGCAGACCCCUGGGGUCGGGACGAAUCGGACAAGUUUUUCGCCCCCUCCUUCAGCGACGGGUACUUGGAGGUGGUGGGCGUGCACGGAGUCAUGCACAUGACGCACAUCUCAACCCACAUGCGCAACGCCAAGCGCCUGGGCCAGGUUUGUCACCCCUUGCUUCCCGCCAUGUUGACGUGUUUAAGCGGCCGGCCGGGGGCCGUGUCGGGAGAUCCCUCGCCGGGCCCAGGCCUCAUGCGUGCCUUGGUGUCUGUGAUCUGUGGUCGGCAGUUUCAAACACUCGAGCUGAAGUUCUUGAAGCCCAUGCCCAUGCACGUGGAUGGCGAGCCUUGGAUGCAGGAGGCCGGAACUGUGACCAUCUCGCGCCUGCCCGCCCAAGCACGCAUGCUGGUACGCCGGGGUAAGCAGCCGUCCCGGCGUACCCGCGCCGACCAGGCCCUGACCGCGCUAGCGACCGGGGCCGUCAGCCCAGAGUUGGCAGCCAGUGGUGGAACAGAAGAGGAGGGUCGAAGCUCAGGUGCCACAUCCAGCGCAAGUCUGGGUCAGACACUGAUUCCUGUGCUGCGCGUGGAGGAUCGUGAAUGUGACUUUUCGACGUGCGAGAACUACAGCGCAUAUCUCGAUGAUCUGUAGCUUGUCAUUCAAGUCGGGCCAGGUGCUGCUAUCCUAUUGUGUCUGUAUAUUAUCAUAAAUGAACUUGGCCAGGCCACCAUGUGUUGAUAGGGCAAGCCCGGAUGUAACGAAAUUGCAUCGCUCUCAUAGCUCUUCCAUUCCAUAAUCGAAUUUAUGUUCUUUG